UCUGCGUUCGAGACUUAAACUUGAUGAAACGAAAUGCAUGGUUUGUUAUUUCGACUUUUCGGGUAGAAUUUUUGGUUUUUUGAGUUUUGUUAAAAUUUGGAAAAAUUGGCCUCUGCUUUGAGUUUAUGGCUUUUAUUUUUGUUUAGAUUUUGAGUUUUGUUACAGUUUUAUUUGUUUGUUUUCCUUCAGUUGUCUUCACUUUUGUUAAAGCUUUGCUUUGGCCUCUGCUUUGUGUUUAUGGCAUUUUGGGUUAACUUUUGAGUUUUGUUACAGUGUGAGUUUUGUGUUUGCUUUAACUUGUUUUAGAUGCUGCAUUACCUUAAUGAUAGACUUGUUUUGGAUGCUGCAUUACCUUAUGCAAUUCUGAUACCUUACUUCUUGAAGAGUUCUGAUUUUUAUGUCGAGAAGAAGGGCAUUGAUUGGAACAAUGGUGCAUAUACCGAUAAAUCCCAUUCUGAUGCUUUGCAGAUUAAUCUGGUUAAUAAUGUUCCCCAACAGAUCAAAUGUGAUUGUGGUGCUUUUGUUGCUGGCUUUGCUGGGUAUUUCAUCCUUGGUAAAGAAAUUCCAAAGGAUAAUUUUGACAUUGAGACACUUCGCACCAGGUGGGGAUCUCUGUUAUGAGAUUAUGGAAAGAAAAAACAACAGUCUGGUGCAAUUAGUGAUGAUGAAGUCACAAGGAGACUUUUGAAGAAGAGGAAGAGGGAGCGACCAAGAAAGUAGUUCUGUUAUUUUCAUUUUACUGUAGUUUUUCUAUGUAUAAGGAGUUGUUGCCUAGUUUUGUAACUAUUCUGCUACUUGUGAGAUAACCUUAAAGGAUAUUAUAGAUGUUUUUUUAUUUUUUUUUUAUUUUUGUGUAAUUUGAGGCAGUCAUUACACAUUGUUGGUGUGAAUGAAUUACAUUUUAAUGAAUAUUUU